GCUAUGGGAGAGAUAUUGACGGUAUAUAUGCAAGUACUUGCAGCACCCACAUAUCUCAUAUACAAAUUGUAUAACGCUCUAGUCACCGUCAAAGACUGGUCAUACGCAGUAGAUUCUCAAUAAUUUGUCACAAAUCUAUGUCAAAAAGCAGUAUUUGCUACUAAAAGAAGACGUGAUGAAAAUUGAGAAGCUAUUAAUGGGGAGAUUCAUUGAAGAAGUGAUUUUAGAAGAUGAAGAAGAGUUUGCAGUUGAUAAGAAAAUUAUUGUCAGUAGACAAGAGGUAGAGAGACAAAAUGAAGUAAGAAAAGAAGAAGAAGAAGAUAUGUUUGUUCCGCCUUUGAAUUUCUCUAUGGUGGAUAAUGGGGUAUUUAGGUCUGGUUUCCCUGGUGUAUCCAAUUUCACUUUCUUGGAAACCCUUGGAUUACGUUCUAUAAUAUAUUUAUGUCCGGAACCCUAUCCGGCGGCGAACAGUGAAUUUCUCAAGUCGAAUGGCAUUCGGCUUUUCCAAUUUCCGAUCGAAGGAAACAAGGAGUGUUGUGCGAACAUUCCAGAGGAUACAAUUCGUGAGGCACUUAAAAUUGUACUGGAUGUUAGGAAUCACCCACUGCUAAUUCAUUGCAAACGAGGGAAACACCGGACUGGUUGUCUUGUUGGUUGCUUAAGAAAAUCACAAAGAUGGUGUUUGUCAUCUGUGUUUGACGAAUACAGAAGGUUUGCUGCUGCUAAGGCUAGGAUUACAGAUCAGAGGUUUAUGGAGAAGUUUGAUGCUACUAAUUUGAAUCACUUGUCAUUUUCAUUAUCAUGUUCAAAGAAGUAGUCACUUGUCAUUACCAUCCAGAGGGCUUAACAAUCCUUUCAACUGCAAUGAAAAUCAGCGGGCAUCAACAUAUUACUGAUGCAUCCACUCCGGCUUUCCUCUUUUACUGCUUUAUCAGUGGCAGUGGCUAAUAAUUAAGCGUAUGUAGCUGCAACUUGUACCGUUUAUAAUGGUAUAAAUGAGAUGAUUCAUAAAGAAUCUGUUGAUUAAUUUUGAGAAUUUUGAGUAUUUUAGAGGGAUAAGUGACUUAUUUACACUAUCAAA